GGGGGGGUCCUGACACUUUGUCCAUGCAUGCCAGUAGUCAACUUUCUUGGAUGUGUUUCGGAUGUUGCGAUCACUCUGUUGUUGCUUAAUUUGGCCAACGUGGCCCGGAAAUCCAAUCCCAUUGAUGGCUCUCAUGGCACCCAAACUUCCAAUAGAUGUGAAACGACACAGAUUACCCAAAGUUACGGAUCUGUCGGAAGCAGCAGAGGAAGCAUGCCAGCACGUCUUGGAGUCUCCAAUCCCGACCCCGCUGCCAGCUAAUCUAUUACUUCCAACUGUAAACUGUCCAUCCUCGUUUCAUUAUUUCCUUACCGGUCAGGACAAAAAGCGUAACCCGUGUCUCGUACUUAUAUAAGGGGGGGCACCCCAACUCGUUCCAUGAUCACAGUUAUUCUUCUUCUCAACGCCUCUUUCCGUUGGCAGACUUGAUUUUCUUGUCCUUAUACGCUAGGCUGCAUAUACAACCUGAUCUUUCUCAAACUCAAGCUCAACACCAGUCGCCACAAUGUCUCACAUAUCUUUUAGCGAUAAUAGUGAUGAUCCUCUUACCCGCGCUUUGGUGGAAGAGCAAGCGAAUGAAACUCCGGAGCAGCGCCAGGCGCGUCUUGAACGCGAGGAACUUGCACGCCAGCGGAGUGAGCAAAUAGAUGCUGAACUCGAAGAGGAGCGUAAAAAGCUCGCAUCGGGCGAUUACCUUAAUAUCCUUUUGCUCG